AUGUUGUUCCGUCACCCUAUGGAUAGUUGUACAACAGCAACAGCUAUAUCUCGUGAUGUAUCAAACUUCUUUCAGGAAAACCAACUUUCAUGGGAUUCACUGGUAGGGAUGUGCACUGAUAGAGCUCCAGCCAUGCUUGGUCUGCAGUCUGGAUUCAUUACUAGGGUGAAAGAAAAAAAUCCAUCUAUUGUAGGUGCACACUGCAUACUUGACCAUGAAGCAUCCAGAACCUUACCUACUGAAAUGAGAAAUAUCCUAAAUGUGGCUACCAAGGUUGUCAACUUUGUUAAAGGUGGAGCCUUAAACAGUCAUCUUUUCAAACUGUUGUGUAAAGAUAUGGAAUCUGAACAUGAUGCAAUGCUUUUUCACACAAACAUACAAUGGCUAUCAAAGGGGAACAUGCUUGGAUGGCUUUAUGAACUACAAGAAGAAAUAGCAAUAUUUCUUGAUUUUCAGCAGAAGACAGAUCUUCAUGAUAAGUUCCAGUCUGAAGGCUUCCAGCUAUCUCUAGCUUACCUAGUGGACAUCUUCAAAGUGUUGAAUGCUCUCAACCUUAAACUACAAGGAAAACAUCAACAUUUUCACACACCAUGA